AUGCGCCAGCCUAUGUCUCGAAAUAUUUGUGGGUCGCUCGGCAAUGGUGAACCGACUCGGAACGGCAGAGCUAAAGGCAAAAUAGAUAGGCAUACUCCAAGGUUAUCCCGUUUCGGUUGUUGGAGAUCAAACGCUGGUAAAGGUCUCGUCUUUUUCCGUCUGUAUCGCUCUUUAGGAUUAAUUCAGAAUAGAGAGACGGAUCGAGGAAUGAGCUCGAACAAGACAGACCAGUCGUCGGGUCGUUCGCAACAGCAGCAGACGACGAAGAAUUCCUUGCCAUUUCGAAUGCCAGAGACUCGGCAGAGCAAGACAUCUCAACCAAAGUCUCCGCCUCGGAGUGGGGUUCCGUUUCCCCCACAUCAGAGUCUGGCCGAAAUACCAACAUUAGCCAGUGCUCCACCUUCGGGAAAUGUCAACUUUGACGAUUUGUACGAUCGCGAGGAACCAGAGGAGCUUCCCCAGGACCGGAUUCCUUCGAUUGCUGCAUCGUCCUCUUUCACCACCCCAACCCUUGCAUCACUACCCCCUCCUCCCCCACGACCACCCGCUCUCGCCACAAUGCGUCCCGGAACGAAUGCCGACGCUCCUUCGGCGGCGACGCUGACUUCUGCUCAACUGUCGCUGCCGCCACCACCACCGCCUCCUCGACAGUCGGCCAAACCAACAAUGGCGCCCUUGCCUCCACCUCCAGUCAUGCACAGCAAACCGAUAAAGCCCGCACUCAAACCAACACUGGACACGCAGUCGCCUUCGCGUGUCUCCUCCAAGCCACACGAAGCCGCGAUAUUGCUGGACGUGAAGCAAGCUUCUUCGGAUCCGAGCGAGACCAACUUCCGUCGGACUCCAAAAGAACCAGAAAGAUUACCGUCGACAGCAUUUCGGUCCAAGUCGUUGCACGUCUUGGCUCUAAGGCAGUCUCACAUUCCAAUUGUUGUUAUCACCACGGAAACGGCCAACAUUGUGGCUUGGAAAAACGAACUUCGUUUGGAAGACAUGUUGAAUGGGCUUAUUCAGUCGGUAACAAGUGGUUCUAGUACACCAAACGCUUCGACUCAGAGCGCUUCACCAACAUUAGCACCCUUUCGGUCCGUCACGCGGUCCUUGACACUGCACUGGGACGACUUACAAGUUCGAUUCCAACACGCAUCUUCGCUCGACGUGACGCUCUCUCUGCAAGAUGCUCAGGUUGCUCUCCAAGCCGCCUGUCAGCUUUCGCCAGAAGACGGCAAUCUGGAGCAAGAGUUGAAUUUGUUGGAAGACAAGGUUGAUAAUCUAUUACAGCAAGACCACGACGAAGAUGUUAAAGAUAUUAUGGAUGUCACUGCAGCCCGUCAACGAAGUAUGGAUCAGGCGACGAAAGAUGCUUUUGGUUUGACGUCUCCUCUGACUAUUCCCUGGCUAUGGCGGUACCGCCAGGCACUGGAUGAAGCAACCAACGGUCUCGAGCAUGAUUUAAUUGCUUGCCCUCCGCUUAUUUUAUACGUUUGUUCUACUCAAGAAGUCACCAAUCCGAUUGAAACACUCCAGAAUCUAAAAUCGUCGCAUUAUCUGCCGUCAUGUUAUCACGAUGGACGGUACGACCCCGCAGGUGUUCGACAGGAAGUGCUCGUACUACACGACAAUGUUGAUGGUCCGCAAAACUGGGACGAGUCUGAGUUACGCAGUUCCUUGCAAAAGGCUUUUGGUCCGGGCGCGUCCGUGGUUCGCGUCAAUAGUAUCCCGAUGGAGACAGCGGAUCAACUCGCGAGAGAAGAAACGUCAGAUGUUUGGAAUGGUCGAGGCCGACGAGGCAAUUGCCUGUCACUUUCAGAUAGGGUAGCCCUGAGAUAUUAUCUCGCAAAUCUCCUGACGAGUAGCUUGUUACCUGCAUUGGAGCGAAGAAUUGCUACCCUUAAUGGAAUUGUCAGCGACCGCAAGAAAGGUGUACGCAACGUACUGAAGAGCUUUUGGCGGAGUGGCAAGGCGGACGAAGAAGCAGCGGUGACCAAAAGUGUGCAAGUCGCGUCUACUGUAGCAUACCGAUACGACACUGUGGAAAGUCAAUCUCGACUCUUGGCAGAUACGCUGUUUCUCAUGAAAGACUACGAGGCUGCGCUGUCGACGUACCGGCUGAUCAAGGACGAUUUCAAACAAGACAAGGCACAUGUCCAUUACGCUAGUAUACAGGAAAUGAUGGCUCUUUGCCUAUACUAUAUGGACCCAUACACACGGGCGAGGGAGAUAUUUUCACAUGCGGAAAAUGCUUUGUUGGGGUACAGUCGGGCGGGACAAGAAGAACGAUCAAUGGCCUGGGGUGAAAAGCCCGGACGGCCUACGAUGGCGACACCAUCGACUCGGCUGGCGACACGGUUGUGCUUAGUGCUGACUGCGACACGGCAUGUCUGUACGGGACGACAUUUGGAGGUUGCUGACUUGCUGGCGUCAGCCUCGUCAUCGGAGACUGCGCUUGGUGCGGCCGUUUUGCUUGAACAGUCGUCGGCUCAUUACUUUCAUGCUCGCCUUUUUCGCAAGUACGCUUUUCACAUGCUUAUGAGUGGACACAUGUUCCGAGCUGCGCAGCAAGAUCAUCAUGCUUUCCGUUGUUUCGUAUCCGCUUUGUACAUUUACCGAGACGGAAGGUGGGAAGAGUUGCAUAGCCAUUUACGUUCGGCGUUGGCAGCGCAACUGUUUUCGAUGGGAAGAAUGGCACUAUCGUUACAGUUGUACGCUAAGAUAGUCGGCUCUACGGGUGGAGGACGAGUCUCCGUCAAAUCACAGCAAAAAUACAUUAAUCAUCUUUUGGAAAUAUGCAGUGAGCAUACUAAAAAGGCCUUGGUGGGAGCGGACCGGAUGGCCGCCUCAUCGAAAUUUUCCGGCGCCGAGCUGGACGCGGUACGCAAGAACCGUCUAGAUCGAAUUGUGCAAGUGGUUCGUUACACAAAGAGUGCUUCUCGUGUUUUGGAACUUCCUAAUAUUGAUCUCCCUCUCGUUGACGAUACAACCGUCAAACUCAUUACUGAAGAAGCAUCAGAGAUGCAUGACGACCCUUUGUCGAUAUUUGGGCAAGUGCGCCGAGGUUCGGAAGAAGUAUGGGCCGAACUGGCGCUGAGCGCCACGGCCGAAUUACGAGCCGUAGAUAUUUCCAAAUCCAAAGAAAGCGACGAGAUGGUUUCCAAAAGGGUGGCCAAGAUUCACGAUGCUGAUGUUCGGGCGGUGAUUGCUCAAAUAGACAAGGAAAAGGCGAAUCUGACUAUGAAGGAACGGUCGAAGCGAUCCCACUCACACACGGAAGAAUCCCCCACCCGGGCUCUGAAAGAGCCCAUCACGGUUGAGUUUGAAAUGACAAACCCUUUGGGCAUUCCAAUAGACUUGAACGAUUUGCAACUUGUGGCUCGCAUGACUGAUGAAGAUGGAAAUCGUGUUUGCACCAGCGAGGAUGCUAUCAAAAUUACCCCUUUGGUUUCCUCCAACGAGAAACAGCGCUGGUCGUUCAAUAAAACCGCGAUAGAGUAUAACGUUGCAGAUUUUUGCCGAAUGUCUUUAAAUGGACGAAGCACUGAGAAACAGCGCUGGAAAUCGGCCGAGGAAGUUGAGCCGUUCUUUGUGGUUACCAAAACAAGUCUGACUCUUGAGGCUGGGGCGAAAUUGACAGUUGCCGCACGCAUUUGCCCGCUGGUACGGGGGAGUUUAGAAAUUAUUGGUAUACGAUGCCGGCUGUUUGAUGAGGUGUGGAUUUUCCAUCAUUUCAUUUUAAAGGGACCUCUGCUUCAGAACACUCGACAAAAUCGUGUAAAUCGAAUUCGAGCCGAGUCUCUGCUUCUCAAAGCUAGAAUUGAAGGCGGCAUGCCAUGCUUGAGGGCGGAAUUGAUAAGCACUUUGUCAUCUUCUGGUGCUCCUGCUUUGCAAGGACAGAUCAGCCGAUGGAAUCUUCGACUUUCUAACGUCGGAACAGCCGCCGCAUCUAGCGUCUUUAUGAAGACGAAUAUGCCGUGGGUGAGCAUAAAUCUUGGGGCAAGGCGGCAAGUAGAUUCCGGAGACGAGCUGAAGUCGCUGUGUGUCGGGCCGACUGGCACAUUAAUGGAACUACCGAUUCGAGGAGAUGAAUUGAAUUGCGAAGGGCAGAUUCAACCAGGGGAGAUAAUAGAAGUGCCAAUUGACAUUCGAACGUCAGGUGCAGGAAGACAAGAAUUUUACGUAUUGUUCCGUUACAUGCUUGCUGACGAGGACGGAUCUACGACUACGAAACAUCGAUGGCUACGAAAGAUGUUUGAGGUUCCAGUAUAUCCGUCGCUUACUCUGGCGGCGAAAGUCGCCCCUUCCCAUUUGACUCCAGGUGAAAGUAUAUUAUCAGUCGAGCUGACAAACAACCGCAGCGACCGUCCUGACAAACUCACCAUUCGUUUGAAAAAGCUUACCCUAGCCAGUCCGCUCUAUCGAUUGGAACCAAUUCAUGGUCAGUUGACGAAAGAAGGCGAUGAAAACUCUGAACCUGUGUUGGAUUGGCAAGAACGAAUUUCACUUCACUACCGGAUUAUGGCUUCAAGCCAGGUCAGCAAGACUUGCCUUUUGAGCGAAUAUUUAUUAAGCGCUGGGUCAGAUCAAGACUCACGGUCAACCUUAACUGAUGCCACUACCUCCUCAUCGUCGCUUGACUUUUUAUGCCUGGAAAGAACUUUCGAAGCAUUUGAAGAGACCUGGAGGUCACACCAAAAGGAUGUUGCUCGCGCAUCCGUUGUACAGGACCGCGAAGACCUGCAUCCACGCUCGAUUGCGCAAAUUCGCCGGGCGAACACAGGGGCACUGUCAGACUAUGGGGCAGAGUCCUUCGCUGAAAAGUUGGAAGACAAAAGGGAACACCCUGCGUCAAUCGCUCGCCUUUUCUCUUUGGACAAAAGCGAUCAGAUGGUCCAUUUGCUUUGCUCUUGGACAAGCGAAGAUGGACUUGUCUGUGGACAACACAACAUUCGCCAGCUCGCUGUAAGACAAACAUUGACUACGAAACUGUGUCCUAUUACAGUUACCGCUGAGUACCCUUCGCACAUUUUGAACGACUUUUCGAACGGUCCUGCCUCUAUUCCGGUUGAAAUAAUGAUGGAAAACACGGCCACGGAUGGGACCAUUGACUUCGAAUUUAAUCUGCUGGCAACGACGGAUAUUGAUUUUACUGGUCUCCAGAUGUUCAAAUACUGUCUCACCAAAGGCGAAAGAGUAUCUGUAUCUCUGCAAGCUCUGAUUUCGUCGACUGGCGUUCACAACUUGCAGCGUAUUCGAUUGAUUGUAAAGUCGAACGAUGUUUCGGUUCCCUACCUUUUAUCGUCGCAAUGGAUUGUUCACGUUACAGGCAUAGGCAUCGGACAGUAG